AUGACCUAUUAUUCAGAAGCAUUACUCGUGUCCAAGAUGGGGGCCAAACCACAAUUCGCUCCUGUGGUUCUGGAUGCCAUUCGCGAUUACGAAGUCCUGGUUGAGGUCCAUGCUACAGGCGUCUGCCACACGGACAUUGACUGCAUCGAGGGAAAGCUCCCCGCUGCCUACCCGUGCGUGUUCGGGCACGAAGGAGCCGGUAUUGUCCUCGAGACCGGACGAACCAUUACAGAUAUUAGCCGUGGCGACAAGGUCCUGCUAAGCUACAACUUUUGCGGCAGCUGCUCGCAGUGCCACGCAGGCCACCCAGCCUACUGCGAAAACAUGCUCGCACUCAACUUUGGCGGAAAGCGCCUCGACGGCAACAGGACUAUGCAAUUAGCCAGCAACACAGCCACGUCCACGGAAGGGACAAACGAUGCAGACAAAGACGCCAUCUUUGCCAAUUUCUUCGGGCAAAGCUCGUUUUCCCGCGUCGCACUCGCCUCGCGCGCUUGUGUCAGUGUCGUCGCCCCUGAUACUCCCCUUGCUCUCUUCGCCCCGCUUGGUUGCGGCCUCCAGACCGGUGCGGGAGCGGUCUUGAACAGACUCGAUGUCCGCGAGGGGAGUACAGUCGCUGUCUUCGGUGUCGGCGCUGUGGGCCUCAGCGCGAUCAUGGCUGCCGCGCGACUGCGCAAGGCGCGCACGGUGAUUGCCGUGGAUGUGGAUGUGAAGCGGCUGGCCAUUGCGACAGAGCUGGGUGCUACGCAUACGGUGUUAGCCGGAUGCAAGGAUGGCGAGGAUGUGUUGCAGCAGAUCCGGGAUAUCUCUGCGCCAGCGAACGGUGUCGCGUAUGCGGUUGACUGCUCCGGGGUACCCGGAUUCGUUGAGACGAUGUUGGAUGCCUUGGGCACGCGCGGGCGCGCGGCAAGUGUGGGUGCGCCAGCCCCGGGGAAGAGGGCGGGUGUCGAUGUCUUUGGCCAUUUGACCAAGGGGAAGGAGUAUGUGGGAUGCCAUCAGGGCAGCUCUGUUUCUAAGGAGAUGCUCUCCUAUCUACUCGAGUCGUAUAAAAAGAGUGAGUUUCUAUUAGAAAAAAUAAUUAUAUAUUAUUCUGUUAAGAAAUAUUAA